UUCAAAACUUGCUGCUUCAACCGAGUCAAGUAGCCAUGCUGGGUCACAUAUGAUGUGUUCUGUGGAAGAUGAAUUUUUAAACAAUGAUGUUUUUUCACCAAUUGCUUAUCUUGGCUCAAUCAUAGAGCCAAAGAAAGUGGUUAUUGUUGGAACUAUCGUAGCAAUCGUUUCUGAUAAGAUGUGGUAUUAUGAUGGGUGUAACCAUUGCAAGUCCAAACUUGAGCAAAAGUUUGAAACUUAUGAUAAGGAAGAUGGAACAAGUGAUGUUAGAGAUGAGAAGGUGUAUCAAUGUUCCAACAAGGAUUGUCAAGGAAAAGAAUUUUUCCCGCUGUCCAGGUUUAAAAUACCAAUUCGGGUUCAAGAUUCAACCGGUACGGUGACACUUACAUUGUUUGACCAUGAGCCAUUGAAGUUUGUUGGGAAAACUGCAAAGGAACUUAUAGAAAUUCAGGACGAGUUACUCACGACAAAUGAGCUUCCAAGAGAAUACCCUGUUGAAUUUGAAACGUUGGUUAACCUAAAGUGUGCUUUCGUGAUCAAAGUAACAUACUUUAAUAUUGUCAAUGGUGUGGAGAAUUAUGGAAUAUCAGUUGUUACCACCGAUGUUGACAUCUUGGAUGAGCUCAAUAAAAAAUGGAAAAUUGACCAGGUAAGCGAUUGUUUUAUUAAUAUAUUUGCACUUACAAAACCGUUUAAAAGAUGUUUAAACAAUUUGUCUGUUGCUUUCGAUUUUUUUACAGCUUGA